AUGGAUAUCCGUGCGAAACGACAGUCCAUGCUGGGACAACCGUACGGUGCUUCAAGCAGCUCACUAAAAUUAUCUGGAGCUUUAAAGCCUGGAGCUCCGCGUCAAGUCGAUCAACCAGAUAAGCGCAUCAAGCUCGUGUGUGUGGGCGACGGCGGCAUUGGUAAGACGUCGCUGUUAAGCCGUUAUAUUAGCGGCGAGUUCCCUAAAGAUUACGUUCCAACCGUGUUUGAGAAUUAUAUUCGGAAUAUUUCUUUCAAUGGGCUCAAGGUGGAGCUAGCAUUGUGGGACACCGCUGGUCAAGAAGAGUACGAUCGACUAAGAUCACUAUCGUAUCCGGAAUCCGAUGCCAUUGUACUAUGCUAUUCAUGUGACAGUGUAAUUUCCUUAGAAAACGUGAUUGAUCGGUGGUUCCCUGAAGUAAACCUCUAUUGUCCGGGUACUCCGGUGGUCUUAGUGGGUCUCAAAUCCGAUUUGGCGUCUCAGCAGGUAUCUUUCGAGGCCGGUCAGAUUGUAGCCGAUCAACUAGGUGCUUAUAGUCAUAUUUGGUGUUCAGCAAAGCAAGGAAGUAAAGUUCAGGACGUUUUUGAAGACGCAAUGCGCGCAGUUUUGAGUCCUGAUGCUCCAGCAGCUACUGCCUCCCCUGCUCCGGCGCCCAAGUCCAAGCCCAAGCCCAUUGAAGCAAGUGUGGAAGCAAGGCGCAAACCGAAAGAGUCAAAAAGGCGCAAGCGUUGCUUAAUCUGUUGA